UCCUGCGUGCUUAGUUACCAGCUCUCCUACUGAGUGUGUCCUGACUGCAGCGCCACUGACCUGCUCUCUGACUGACCGCACCGGCGACAUGAAGCGCAAGUGUAUCUGCGAGAUCUGCACCUGCGGGCGUCACCGUUGCCCGCACAUGCCAACUAAAAUUUUUGAGAAAUCUGAGCAGCCUUGCCGUUUGACUGAAUAUGUGGAAAAAUACCCUCAGUAUGAUAACAUCCAACCGCCAAACAGCAUGAAACCGAAGCAUGAAUACCAGGGGAACCAUGGAAAGAUGGAAGGAAUAACAACCUUUAAGUCAGAUUAUAUUCCAUACGACGUAACUAAUCGUCCAGUACGUCCUAACCAAGAGUAUCAACCAAAGCCUGGUCAGAUUGACCUCGGAACAACCUAUAAACAAGAUUUCAACCCCUAUAAGAUCGAGCCAAUGAUUCCAGCACGGCCAGUGGAAAAGAGGCAAGCCAAUAUGGGAACUUUUGACACAAACCCUACAUAUAAAGAUGACUACAGACCAUGGGAUAUCCAAAAAAGAGAACUUGCUAAGCCAGGACAUUCUUACCAACCACCAAAUGCAAAAUUCGGAAAUGCAACAACGUUCCAGGAUGAUUUUUUUCCUAAAGAAAUACAACCAAGGGAAAGUUUCAAGCCAUCUGGUUUAGCAAAACAGAGUGCCAUACCUUUUGAUGGCACUACAAGUCAUCGUACUUCAUAUGUUCCUUAUGAUAUAGAACGUAGGGUUCCAAGACAAAAGCAGGAGUAUAAGCCCAGCAGUCAACCAUUUGAAGAUCUCACCACCCAUCGUCUCAAUUUUAAAGGUGCCCUUGGAGAAAUAACAAAAAGCUUUAAACCUGAGUAUAAUAAAGUUGGUAGUGAUGCCCGAUUUGAUGGUAGCACUGAAUUUCGGGAUAGCUUUCAGCCAUGGCACGUUCCUCCACACCAUGUCCAAAAAUCUCUGGAAUAUAAUCCACCUACUACUCACAUGGAUCUAGGCACUACAUCUCAUCUAGCUUAUGUACCACACCAGCUGAGUUAUGUUGCCCCAAUUCGACCAGUGUCUCAUGGAAGAAGAACCAAUGUUCCUUUCCAAGGAAAUUCUACAAUGAAGGAAGAUUUUAGGGCCUGGGAAGCAAGACGUCAAGAAAUGAUCAAGAAAGACCAUCAGAUUCCGAAGCCUACUGGAAAAUUUGAUGGGUUAACUACGUUCAAGUCCCACUAUCUUCCCUAUGAAAUCCAUCCAACUGAAAGUUUUAAGCCUUCCAAUGGAGCACUUCGAAACUCAGCCCCGUUUGAAAGUGGAACUUUAUACCGUUCAGAUUUCACACCCAAGCAGAAUGAAAUUUGCCCUGCAAAUUACCCAUUGCCACCAGGAUAUGUCUUUGAGAGUGUUGAUAGCCGUGGUCACAAAAUGUUUAGGAAGAUGCUUACUCCGGAAAUAAAUUCCUUUUCCAGUACAAAUGAGAAGAACCUUGCAAAAGCGAUUGCUGUCAUAUCAUAAAUCAGAUGUGCCCUGAAAAUGUUAAGAAAACCUUUACAUCUUGUAAUGUUCUUUUUUUCUAUGGUUUUUAACAGUUUUAAUGACAAGUAUUACGGUAUUUAUAUACUCAUUUGAAAUUCACAUAUACUAAAAAUAUAUAACAUGAUAAAAUGUAUGUUACAAUGACAAUAGAUUCUGACUACUAAUGUAGAAAGCUACUGUAAUGGAUUUUCCUAUCAAACUAACUUUAACAUAUAACAGCAAAAACUAAAAAGUUAGGCCUCUUCCACCUCCAUCUUUAGAUUAACUCUGAGUACAGAACAUAUGACUUUAAGAUCUCUAUAAAAUGUCAUACAAAGUGAAAUUCAUGUCCUUUUCUCCCCCUUAACAGGGUAUUUUAGAAAUUAAAGGGGUUAUCCCAUGAGUCAUUUAAAUAAAAUAAGACAUCAUUGUACAUGCUAAUGUCUUUCCAACAAAGAGCUCCCCCCAUUCAUUGCUCCAAUUGCUCUGCUAGAUUCUCUUCAGGCUGGCAGCUCAGGGGGGGGUCCAUUCUGCUGCAGCUCUCUUCCUAUCACAGCUGAGGGGGCAUGUUCUUUCUGUUGCAGCUCUCUUCCAAUUACAGCUCAGGUGGUGUGUUCUUUCUGCUUCAGUUCUCUCCCUAUCACAGCUCAGGAGGUGUGUCCUUUGUUCUGCAGCUAUCUCCUUGUCAUUGUCACAGCUUCUAACAGUAAAUAGUGCUGGUGGCAGAUGAUGGAUGUAACUGAGCAUGUGCGACCAUCUCAGCAAAGUGGACAGAGAAAGAAGGAAAAGGACAAACAGCAGAUGCCGCUAUACAGAUAGAUUUAACUGAAUCACUCAGCUAUACAAAAAUUUUAUUACAUGUAAUUACAAAAGUUAUCAGAUCUGGGUGUUGAUUUAAAAAAUUUGGUGGUACAACCCCUUUAAGCUUUAAUUUGUUUAUGAAAUCUGUACAUUUAAAAAAAUAUAUUUUUAUGUGACGAAUCAUUGCUUUAGGGGGAGGUUUAUCAAUUUUGGUGCAAUUUGUCACAUAACUGACUUUUAGAGGUGGAGAUGAAAGUGGUGAAAGUUGAGAAUAAAUUUAUCAAAGGUCGUACAGAGCCUAAUAAAUGAGACGUAGUGCAGAUUUGCGACAUUUUGACGGCAACUGCGACUUUUUCCAGUGACAUCUAUAGGCCACAGGAAGUACUGCAGGAGCCUGCGACUUUAUAACAAAAAGUCACAAUUUUGCUUACAGAGUGUGACUUUUCAUGAGUUUACGCAUUUUAAGGGGGUAUGCUGAUGACUUUGCCUAUAUUUACGCCUUUUCUUUGAUAACACAUUUAUAAAUGUCUUAACAACAUUUUUAACCACUACCGCUUUUCUCAGCAUAUUUCUAUUUCGGCGUGAAUUCUUUUUGGAGUGAAUACGAUCGUAGGGAUGCUAUAAAUUUGGCACAGUCUAGUUUAAAUGUAAUUUUGGCAUAUUUUGCGUUACUUUUUGGUGCAGAUUGAUAAAUCUCCCCCCUUAAUCUUUCAUUUGAUUAUAGUAAAACGUUAUGUAUCUCCAUUGUGUAUUUUGAAACGGCAUGCAACAAAUAAAUCAC